UUUAAUUGUAGAUUGGGAGCAAUACAGGAUAUUUUGCAUUUGAGAAAACACAAAAAUUACACCUGGACGUUAUGCAGAUUUAUAAAAUUAUUAUUAGUAGUAUGGGAUUUUAAUUACAUUUUAAGGUUUGCAGAAGAAAAAAAAAUGCAGACGAGGGUUUGCACAAAAUUUAUACAAUAUCUGAGUGGUCUUUUUAUAGUUUAUAUAUUCAUAUAGAUAUACAUUUUUGGAGGGGAAAACGCUGUUGCUGCAGGAGUAGUUUGUCAUAAGUAAGCUGUGCCAAAACGAAAAACGGAGGAUUGUUCUCAACCCACAGUACACACACACACAAACGAGUGCACUCUCUCUCUCUCUCUCUCUCUCUCUCUCACACACACACACACACAACACACAGUCAUUGACGCGUGCUGACGUCAGUGCGCGUCAGUCAGCAGCAGCAAACAGUUGAUUUCUCCAGCUCUGCCGUCUGCCUCAUCACAAUAUAUGCGGUGGUUUAUGGCUCCUGACUGCGUGAUUUAUACGCACAAACGGUAUUACCAGAGUCAAAAUACCCUCGGUGACUGUGAGAUCCUAGAAGCCAAACAGUUCCGUACUGUAUGUACUCAGAAGAACCCUAUGCACCAACUUGUCUUAAUGACGGAUAAUGGCCUCUAGUGGAAGCACACAUGAACACCCAUUUGUCCUUACACGCUGCUUUCAUAUUAAUUCCCCAACGUCCUGCCUCGAUACUAUAACAUAAGAGGAUGUCCAACCCUGAGAAAUGACGCCCCCAUUACCCCCUUGAGCAGUGGGAAAACACACUACAGCAGUCCGGAGCAGAGCAGCUGCGCCAGAGUGCGGCGCAGCCGGGGAGGAGAUACGCGAACGCCGCCGCUCUCAGUACCGUUCUCUGGCUCCACUCGAGACGAGCCCUCUUCUUUUCGCCUCUUGCCUUCAUUUCUCAACGUUAUACAAGGAGAAGAGGACAGGGCGCGCCUGUAUACUGGACGUAGACAGUAGCCUACCUUGCGCAUACGGGGCGCGUAAAACACGGCGCUCCACACAGACUUGACGCGCUUUGAUGUCAUCCGGCGGUUCAGGGUCGGAUCGUAUAAUUUAUAACAGCGGGUCGACAUUAAACUAGACGCAUAUCAUAUCAAGAGUUAUCAUUACUCGCUUGCAGUCAGACAUGGAAGAUGGUCCGCCUUCCACAAGCUGUUUCCGAAGGUUCACGGACUGUUUCCUUGGCUCAAGUCUGACGGAUGAGAAAGUGAAGGCUUAUCUCUCCCUCAACCCGCAGAUGCUGGAUGAGUUUGUGCUGGAGAGUGUGAGUGCAGAGACCGUAGACAGAUGGCUGAAACGGAAGAACAGCAGCCAGCCUGCAGGUACGGACUCAUGGCCGUGUGCUCCAAUAUUCUUCAUUAAGAGCCCUAUGCUCUAAAAAUAGUGUUGUGUUUACUUUUUGGUGAUGAUGUCUUUAAUUUUGAGGAUGGCCAUAUUAUGGACAUAUUAUGAAUGUGUUAUGUUUCUAUGCUUAUUUGCUGAUUAAUGUACCAUAUGUAAAUAUAUAACAGUGGUUCUCAGCUGAUGGGUCACUGGUUUGGUCCUAAAAAGCAAUCUAAAAAUGCAACAAUUAGUUGAGAUAAAAUAUAGCUAGCCAUUUAAUGUUGCGUAUCAAAAUUAAUUGACUUAAAAUAAUAUGAUUUAAAUCAGUUAUUUAAAGGAGUAAAAAGCACUUUUCAUAUCCCUUUUUUUUCUGAUGUCAAAGGUUUGUUUAUCCACUCAAACUAUGGUAUUUUGGAACAAAUUCGGUCCCUUGGUAAUAUGGCUAGUACUAUUAUAAUAUAUUGCCCUGUGUUUGCUCUAGCUACUAGGCUGGGCGUCAGCAAUUUAUGGUCAUUUCAGUGCAUUUCAAAAUUAUAUC